AUGAGAAGCAAAGGAUACAGAAGAAGUACUCGUAAUAAGUUCAAGAAGGACUAUAGAUCACAUGGAACACCCCAAACAUCUACUCUUCUCCACCAAUACAAACGGGGAGAUUACGUUGAUAUUAGUGUAGAUUCAGCCGUUCAUAAAGGUAUGCCCCAUAGUAAGUAUGUGGGUAGAACUGGAAGAGUAUAUGCCGUCUUUGAUACUUCAGUUGGAAUUGCAAUGACUAGACAAAUAGGCAACCGAUUAGUAGUUAAGCAAGUAAUUGCUCGUAUUGAGCACGUCCGACCAAGCAACUGCCAAAAGGACGUUAAGGCUAGAGAUGAGUACCGCGCUAAGUUUGGCGUAGCUCCUCCUAAGCCCAUGCCUGAAGGUCCUCGUCCUGCAUUUACUCUUUCUUUAGCUGAUAACACUCCAGUACUAGUUAAACCUUCCGUGCACUACGCUAUAACUCACUAA